GACCCGAGGUUGAGGUCCAUGGGCGUGUACGCCGGCAGGCCCUCCACGCUGGGCGCGUCCUCGCUCCUUCGCUCCUUCUCCCUCUCCCUCUCCCUCUCCCGCUCCCUAUCCCUAUCCGCAUCCUUCGUAUUCUUCCGCCCCUUCACCGGGAACGUCGCGAACCUCCCUCCGCGACUGCCCCCGCUCGACCCGGACGGGCCCGAAACAGUCUGCGCCUGCCCCGCGCUCGAACCGGACCCAACACCAAACUCAUCCAUCCCCUGCCUCCCGCCGCCGCCGAGCAAGUCGCCCAGCCCCAGCCCGCCGCCCGUCUGGAUCGGCUCCAGG